ACAUAAAUAAUCUUUCAAAAAUUUUCGAUAAAUGCCUUGUUAUAUCUACCAUUUCAAUAAGUUCCUCGCAGAAAAUUGUUGAACUGGGUCCAAAAACUUGACAGUUUAAACAAUUCUUUAUCUUUUCAAUUGAACCGACUUUCUCGACGAUUGAUUUACACAUUAUCUUACAAAACCUUUGUAAUUGUUGUCGAUCGUUUUCGCAAUCAAUUUAAAAAUGUGUAGAUAGGAGAACAUAGCUGGUUAAAACCAUGGCCAAAUAUGAACUUGCAGGUGGUUUGAUUGUAACAGAACGUGUUUCCCCCAAUCUCCGGAUCUACAAUGUCGCCAAACACCAUGUCGGGAGUCUGUUGUGGUCCACAGACAGCGAUUUUCAUGGAGGCAAGAGAAAGGACAAGUCCGCCAUGUUUGUGUAUGAUGUUAUAACAGAAGCUGAUCUGGUAGCGCCAUGUCAGAAACCUUGGUUUUGUGGAUAUUUCCCGGCGCAUUCCUCGGAGUGGGGAGACCGGAAGUCACAGGUCAUCCAUGCGUGUCGGAGUUUCCACCCCGUAUCCAUUCCAAUGCGAGGCGAUAUUGUGGCGUUCCCUAACAAUAAUGGUCAGACACACUGUGGCAUUGUCUCCACAGGUGGUUGUUAUAUAGGAACUUCAGACAAAAGAAUCGUGGAAACUAAAAUACCGUCCUUUACAAAGAGGGUGUUCUGGCGGUAUGUCGGCAACGUACCCAGUACCAACAGAUCAAUGAGAUGAUGGUUAUGAUAUGGUAUCCAGUGUAAAUGUGUGUGGACUUCUUUCUCUUCAUCUGGUCCAACCGAGUGUUUGCUAUAACAGAGGAAAACUUUUUACAUUUUUUGUGGUAUUAGUAAAUUGUGAAAACAUAAAUAGCUGAAAUCAUCUGUAGAAAAACUAAAUCAGCUACUCGUGUUUGUGAGAAAUUGCAUGUAUCAUUCUAUUUGAGAAGCUACGUAUAAUAUUAAAUAUAUAUUCAUAACAUC